AUGUCUGACAACUCUGAAUCCUCUGAAUCCUCUGACGAAGAAGACCCUGGUUAUGUAAAUGUUGUUCUAUCUUUUGAUCAAGAAAAGUACGUUGAUCCAAAUGAAGUUGAAACAAUUAUCAAGAAUUAUAAAGGUACGAUUUUGAAAAGAAUUAGUGAAGCUGAUGAUACACCAAUUCAAUACGCUGUAAGAAUUGUCUUUUUGGAUUUGAUGCAAAUGGGAAAAGAAGUGGAACAUGUGACAGCUGCUAGGUAUAUUGAAUAA